AAUUCCACGUCACACAUUUUCAGGCUCACCCAAACAAAGAACCCCUCAACGAUUCGAAGACUUGAACUACAAGCCAAACAUGGACCGACCCGGACGCGUACCCGAGUCCGCUCCACCAGAAUCCCUUAUCUCCGACCGGGUUCUCAUAAACGGCGUUGUUACACCGGUGACUCUAUUCUCCGACGGAGUGCUCCAGUGGUCGCAGAGAGGUCACCGGAGCUUGAUCGUCGAGAAGGAGGUCCUCGGGUUCGCGGCAGAAGGCCCGAAGAUUAGGAUAAGAGCUUUAGUUGAAGGCCGAGCUGGAAUCUGCUGCGCCGCGAGCAGAGGAGCUGUGGCGCGGAAGGACUUGGUGUUCGAGCCUCUCUUUGAGGAAUCGCACCGGCUCUGGUGCCAGAAGCUCCGUGAUUACAUCGAUUCUCUCGGACGGCCAAAGAGGCUGUUUGUUUUUGUGAAUCCGUUUGGUGGGAGCAAAUCUGCUUCAAAGAUUUAUCUUGAUCACGUAAAACCUCUUUUCGAGGAUGCCGGCAUCCAAUUUACGCUGCAAGAAACUCGAUAUCAACUACAUGCGAAGGAAGUUGCUAAAACACUAGAUCUUUCAAAGUAUGAUGGCGUUGUUUGUGUUAGUGGGGAUGGAAUCUUGGUUGAGGUAGUAAAUGGAUUCCUUGAGAGAGAGGAUUGGGAUGCUGCAAUAAAGAUCCCCCUUGGAGUAGUUCCUGCAGGUACUGGAAAUGGAAGCAAAUCUCUUUCGGAUUCUGUUGGUGAACCUUGUACACCUUCUAAUGCUGUUCUCGCCAUUAUUCGAGGGCAUAAGCGUUCACUGGAUGUAGCUACCAUAUGCCAGGGGAAGACCAAAUUCUUUAGUGUAUUGAUGCUUGCAUGGGGUUUAGUGGCAGAUAUUGACAUUGAGUCUGAGAAGUAUAGGUGGAUGGGAAGUGCUCGACUAGAUUUCUAUGCUGUUCAACGGAUUGUGCGUUUGAGGCAAUAUCAUGGAUCUAUUUCGUUUGUGCCUGCACCGGGCUUUGAAACUUACGGAGAGCCGACUAGUUACAGUAAUGACAGUGAACCUGCUAACCAACACAUUGCAUGUGCUCCAAAUCAAGAGGAACCGAUUAACAUUCGACAGCAUGGCUAUGAGGGGCCUGAUAUUAACUUGGAUAGCAUGGACUGGAGAACUAUUAGGGGGCCCUUCGUUUCAAUCUGGCUUCACAAUGUGCCUUGGGGUGGUGAAGACACAAAGGCAGCGCCUGAUGCCAAGUUCUCGGAUGGUUAUAUAGACGUGAUAUUGAUGAGGGCCUGUCCAAAAUUAUCAUUGCUCUCGUUGAUGGCUGGGUUGAGCACCGGAAGCCAUAUCAAAUCACCAUAUGUCUUGUACUUCAAGGUGAAAGCAUUUAUUUUGCAACCUGGUCCUCGCACCGAGGACCCAGUUAAGGGAGGGAUAAUCGACUCAGAUGGCGAGGUCCUGGCUAGAGGCAGAGGAGCAUACAAAUGUGACCAAAAGACACUGAUGACGUACGACGAACUUCAAAUAACCGUGGAUCAAGGUUUAGCUACUCUGUUUUCCCCAGUAUAGAACAAACAAACUCUUUUUUUUUUUUUUUUUUUUUAUCACGGAUUCGAUUUUUGUUACAGAAAGAAAUUCCAAUCAGGCAGCUUUCAUCCAUCCCGUAAGUGUAUAGCCGCAAGGAGGAUACAAGGGAUUUGGAUGGAAGAGGCAUUUUCUCAGCAACUUGCUUGCUGAUAAGUUAUGUUGUCAUGGCCACCGGUGGCUGUCGAUGUACUGUGCAGUUUGUCUUUCACUCUUCUUGCUAUGAUUUUUCAAUUUCUUUAGUUUCGAAUAAGAUUGUUGCACAGAAAUGCAUGCGCUGCUGUAGAUACAGAGACCAUUUUGUAUUCCACUAGUGAAAUACAUGUAUACAUAUGUUCAUUUUAAUAAAAAUGAGAGAUUCUACUGUGUAAUAA